CGCACUAUGCUCGGUCUAGUCAUUACAUAUUCCGUGGUCUGGCGCUACCUAACGUAGCCUAAUGUUGUCAUAGGAUAAUAAGAAUGGGUGCCUCACCCGCGGUCAAUGCGUAAGCUGGCCGGAGUUGAGGGUCCUGUGGGUACACACGUGAAACAUCGAUUGAUAGUGACACAUUGGGACCCCAGCAGCAUGCCGGCCUCGGCCUCAGUGGAGCCCACCGCUCGCCGGCGAUCCCUCCGUCCGCGCUCAGCGCCCGCCGGGCCACCCACCCCGGCAGCCCCCGGCCAGUCCCCGAGCCCGGAUCAUGAGGCCGCGGAAGCUCUGACCGAUGGAUUAUCCUCGUCGGGGUCGGAUUUCGAACAAGAAUGGAACCAGACCCGUCAGACCGACCGAUUGCGGGCUUCGGGGGUGGGGCGGCGGAAGCGGACCCGCAAGCCGCUCGAGGCGGUCUCAGCCUCGUCGUCAUCCUCGCUCGAGGAUGCUGAUGAAGAUGAAGAUCUCGAAGAAGAAAUGGCGGUAUUUCCGAAAAGGUCGCCCCGUCCGGCGCUGGCCCGACGGAAGAAGAGCCGGCCCACUACCAGUGGGCGUAAGCCUGGCCCGGUCCCCCCUCCGCCCCCCUCGGCCCCUUCCAGGUCCGUGCCCGCCGUCUUAGGCUCGCAACUGGCCUUGUCCGAGUCUUCCUCGGACGAAGAAGGCAGUUCGAGUGCCCGUCCUCUGCCCAUCAUCAAGUCCCCAGGGCCUGUUGUACCUGUAGUCCCGGUAGUCUCGUCCGUCGCUCGCCGUACCACGCCCGAUCGAUCCAGUCAAGCUCAAAUCGAAUCCCGAUUGGCCCAAUUAGCUCGCAAUAGCGCGCCGGAGGCGGCCGUUAUACCUUGGCAAGAACCCACGCCCACUCCGGGCGUGGCACCUCCCGCCACGUCGACGGCCGUUAAACCCGGAUGUUAUGACAUAUCACCCGCCAAAUACGCCCAAGAGGUGGCGGAAGCCCUAGCUAUGGGCGGGGAAACCCGGUUCAGUGAUUCAGACGAUGCUCAUGAACCCCAAGAAGAUGACGAAGGAGAGCAGGUCGAACCAGGGGCGGAACCCACCCCCGGCGACAUUGAGAUUACCCUCGCCGUACCUGAAACUAAACGCCAGCGGAAGGCCUUUGACAUGGAAGCCUAUGUCCGCCGUGAAAUCAAUCGGGCCAAGAAAGAAACCCAAGUCUGGAUGCACCAAACCCACAUCUUGUGUCUGAUGGCCCAAAUGCACUUCCUCAAUCAAUCCAUUAAUGAUCCGUUGUUAUUGGGCACCCUCUUGUCCGUGAUACCAGCCACCUAUGCCGUCCCCCAUGCCCAAUUGACGCUCAUCAGGCUCAGUCAGUGCGUUGAAUGGUUCCCAACCCUGUUCCGUUUUCAAGAGGAUGUCCAGCGAACCAUGGAUUUCCCUCAUCCUUAAGUGGGGCAUUUGAUGAAACUGAUUGAAAAAGGUCUCUACACUUGCCACGAGGAGCUGGUCCUGCUCUUUCUAGCCUUGACCCGAACAUUGAAGUGGCCCAGUCGAUUGGUUUUGAACUUGACACCCGUGGGAAUGAAGCCGGAGACCACCUUUAAGGGCAUCAAGCGAGAAAAAGUUGAGGACGAGGAAGACAAAGAAUGUAAUUUGGAUAAAGCUGAGAAAGCCCAACCCACCCAAUCCAAAGCGAAGCGUAUCAAAGUUGAAAACACAGAGAAAGAUCUUGAACAAGAUUUGGAAACCGCCAAGAAGGUCAAAAGCCCCAAGCCCCAAGGUAAAGGCAUCAAAGUUAGAGAUGCUGCUGAGAGUGAUAAAAACUCGAAAUCUCGAAUAGUCGCCCAAAGCAAAAAAGCUCAACAGAAAGAUGGUGUAAAGUCUAAAUCUAGAUCAAAGCUAGCUGCCACAAAAGAGACCAUUGCCAACGAAGAUGUGUCAUCCAAGACCCAUUCAAAAGGCAAAGCAGUGAAACCAGGAGAUUCAAAGAUCGCACUCUCUAAUUCCAAAGCGCCAAAGUCCGAAUCUUUGAAAGAUCGUGCUCAAUCAAAACCCAGAAUUGCGGAGCAAAGCCCUGAAAAAAAUCCGGCAAAGAAAAGUAAAAACUCCAGUGAAACUCCACCCAAAAGAAAGAACAAAGAGAAAAAAGAAGAGAAAUCCAGGUCAAGGAACAACAAUAAUAGCGAUGAUAAUAUGUCUGCAAAUUUGAAACGGAAAGCACUACGCGAUCGAAAUGAUGAGAAAUCCAAGACCAAGAGCCGAUCCUCAUCUCGAAGUGAUACCAAGAUCGACCCCAGAUCAUCUCGCCAUCAAAGCAGGUCUUCCACUAAAAGAUCCCAACCUUCAAUCGCAUCUCCCCAGACUAAAAAGACCUCCGAUAGAUCAAGCUCCCGACGAUCAUCGCGGUCAAUUAAACAAUAUCGUGAAAGAUCCGAGACUGAGGACGAGAGUGAUGAAGAGCCAAAAUGUACCAAGACCCAAAAGUCAAAGUCAAAUGCAUCCAAGCUACCUUCAAAAUUAAGCAAUAAAGCUAAGGAAGAGGCCAAAAGUCGACAAUCACGCAAGCCCACUUCCUUCCAGAUCAAAUCUGAAGGCUCCGACAGCGAGAGUGAUUUCUCAAGCAUGACACAGCGGCCUAAGAAGAAAGCCCGUCCAACUUUGCCUGCCCCUCCUACGACCACCAAAAAGACCUCAGCCAAAGGUGGAAGCAGCAAGUUGGCCAAGUUUCAACCCGUCAAUAUGUGGCUAGAGGUUCUUAUUGAUAGUAAAUGGGAGUGUGUGGACGUCAUUCGCAAGAAAAUCGGUUGCACCAUGGACAUGGAAGAGCGUUGCUCCAAGCCCAUGGCUUACGUUCUGGCCUGCGACCCGCGUGGUCGGUUGAAAGAUGUGACCAAGAAGUAUGCCAAGGAAUUCAUGACCAAGAACCGAAAGCUACGCAUUGACGAGACUUGGCUAAAGCAGACUCUGAGGCCUUGGGCCCCGCCCAAAGACGCCUUGGAUGACUUGGAAGAUCAGCAGAUUGAUCAAGCCUUACAAUCCAUGCCCAUUCCCACCACUGUCUCGGCCUUCAAAGACCACCCUUUGUACGCCCUUCCUCGUCACUUGCUCAAAUACGAGGCCAUUUACCCACCCAACCCGAUGCCCUUGGGCUAUCUCAAAGGCGAGCCCAUUUACGCUCGUGAGUGUGUGCACCAUUUGAAUGGCCGCACCAAUUGGUUGAAGGAAGGACGAGUUGUUCGGAUUGGAGAGGAGAGCUACAAAGUUGUCAAAGGCGGUCCCAAAUGGGACAAGAUGACCUCCAGUGUAGUCAAAGGACCGCCGUUAGAACUGUUUGGCAAAUGGCAAACCGAGGUGUACGUUCCCCCGCCGGCGGUGGAUGGGAAGGUUCCUCGAAACGAGUACGGAAAUGUGGAGCUAUUCCAACCCUGGAUGCUACCCAAAGGAACUGUUCACAUUCCAAUCAAAGGUAUUAGUCGGUUAGCAUAUAAGCUGAAAAUAGAUUGUGCUCCGGCCAUGAUGGGAUGGGACAGCACUUGUGGUUGGCCCAAGCCCAUUCUCGACGGCUUUAUCGUUUGUGAAGAGUAUCAAGAUAUCCUUUUAGACGCAUGGAACACGGAAGAAGAAGAAAAACUCAAACGAGCUGAAGAGAAGCGAGAAAAGCGGGUCUUGGAUAAUUGGAGGAAACUCGUGAAAGGCAUGCUCAUUGUUCAACGAAUUAAGUUGAAGUAUGUCUAAGUUAUGAUUGACGGUCAGGGAGACAGUAAAUUUAUAUAUUCCUAACAA